AUGUUUAAUGGAUAUUAAUAUGAUAAGUAACUUGCCUUCACAAAAGAUAUUGACAAAAUAAAGAAGGAUUAUGUUUCAGAAAGAGAACGUAGGAAAGAUAUGAAUUAGAGAUUGUCGAAGAAUUAUAAAAAAAGAGUUGAGAACUUUGUCAUAAAUAUGUUGGAGAAUCCUGUAGUUUGUAAUGAAUAUAAACCUCCUGAAAGUUACAAGUUUAGAGAAGAAGAUAUAACCAAAAAUUUGGGAGAUCCGUAAAUUUAUGUUAAAGGUUUUAAACAUGAGAAGGAGAGAAUCUUGGAAGCCUAAGAAAAAAAUAAAGACUUGGAUUUCCUGCCAAAUUUAAAAGUAGGCAAACAUUCCUUCAGAGAAAGAGAUCCAUCUAAAGACAUCAAAAGAGAUAUAUUCAGAUAUAGAGAUAAAACUGCUCUCGCUAGAAUUGAAUAAUUUUUAAAAGAUCAUACCUAAUCAUAAGUAGAGAACAUGAAAAUUGAUCAUAAAAAGAUUGUAAGUCUAGAGAACUUCUCAGAAGGAAUGUCAGCUUUAGAAAGAAGAGCGUAUCUAUCAAGGUUAAUUGCUAAGAAUCUAUUGCCCUCAUUACAUAAUAAAACCCACUUCUAGGCAGCCUAAACUAUGUUUAAUAAUUUACCAUUGACUUUGAUGGAACAUGCAAGAUCUUAACCACUAUUACAUACCUAAGAGGAAAGUAGAAAAAAACCAUUAUAAUCAACUGAGAAGCUGAGAUUGAUGUCUUAAGAAGCACCGGCAAGACUUGAAGAAAUGGGAAAUGAAAAAGAUAAAAAAUAAGGAAAUGAGAUGGAAACAUUUAAUCCUGUUGAGACAUCUAAAAUAAUAUUGAAAAAAUGCAAUGUCGUUAAAGAUAAGAAUCCUAAAGUCCCCAUUUUACAUUAAGGUUCUGGACAUUUAAUAUCUACAAUGGAUAAAUCAAUAUAAGACGUUUACAGAGAAUUGUAUCAUGUAGAUUUUAAGAAAUUUGAUUGA